AUGACGACUGGUAUCCCACCGUCGGGACUGGUGGAGCUGCUUCUGGCCGUCCUGCAGCGCGGUGGCUGGGAGGAGAGCAUGGCGGUGCUUUGCCAAGGCUGGGAGGACGCUGGUCUUCUGGAUCUCCUGAAACUCCACAGCCGCUCCAGCUGGGGACCUUCACACUGGCACCUGCGGGCCGCUCUGAACCUCUCCCACAGCACACCUCACACGGCUAAUAUUUCUGACUUCCUGUCGGAGCACUUUAAUCAGGACCAUUCUCCACCCGCCUCUGUCCUGCUUUUUGGGGCCGACCCGGAGUGUGCCUCUUCUGUUUUGCGCAGUGCGCAUGACCUGGGGCUGACUUUGCCCACUGUGCAUUGGAUUAUGGGACAUCCCCUAAGCCCAGACGCUCUUCAUUCUAUUGGCCUGCCUUUAGGACUGCUGGCCUAUGGAGAGGUCGACCGAAAACCGCUGGACUACUACAUUCGUGAUGCCCUGCAGUUGGUCAACCGGGCUGUUACUGCGGCUACAGUUGUACGGCCUGAUCUAGCCCUCAUCCAAAAUAUGGUAAACUGUUUUGACAAACCCAACAAACACGAGCUGCCGUCAUCAGGACAGUACAUCGCCAGGUUCCUCUCUAAUACGUCCUUUGUAGGGUUGACAGGCCCUGUCAGCGUUCAACGCAACCUCUCCCGUGUGCACACCUCUCAGAAGGUCCACAUUUGGAGUCUGCGCCGUGAUGCCGUCGGUCAGCCCACAUGGGUGACAGUAGGCAGCUGGGAAGGUAGUAGGUUGGAUGUAGAGGAGCAGGGAUUAUGGCAGGGAUCUUCCCAUCGGCAGCGUACCGAGGGCCAGAUGGGCAGGGUAGGUCGUAGAUGGCGGGCCGGCUUCCCCCUGUUGGGGAGCCGUCUGCGUGUAGUCACUCUAGUGGAGCACCCAUUCGUGUUCACUCGAGAGGUUGAUGAGGAUGGGAACUGUCCUGCUGGCCAAUACUGUCUGGAUGCAGGGACAAAUAACUCAGAAACCCUGGACCAAUUAUACACCGAACGGGCUCAAGGCAACAGCAGCUUCUUGCCACCAGAUUUCAGUAAAUGCUGCUAUGGGUACUGUAUUGAUCUGCUGGAGAAGCUGGCAGAAGACAUGAACUUCGAGUUUGACUUGUACAUAGUUGGGGACGGUAAAUAUGGAGCAGUCAAGGGCGGGCAGUGGACGGGGUUGGUGGGCGACCUGCUGAGCGGGGUGGCCGAUAUGGCUGUUACCAGCUUCAGCAUCAACUCAGCUCGCAGUAAAGUGAUUGACUUCACCAGUCCCUUCUUUUCCACGAGUUUGGGAAUACUUGUGCGCAGUAAGGACACGGCUGCACCCAUCGGAGCAUUCAUGUGGCCUUUGCACUGGUCCAUGUGGAUGGGCAUCUUUGUGGCACUGCAUAUUACGGCACUCUUCCUCACCCUCUACGAAUGGAAGAGUCCCUUCGGCAUGACGCCUCAUGGACGUAACCGUGUGAAGGUCUUCUCCUACUCCUCAGCACUCAACCUCUGCUAUGCCAUCCUCUUCGGCCGCACAGUCUCCAGUAAGACGCCCAAGUGUUGGACUGGACGUUUCCUGAUGAACCUGUGGGCCAUAUUUUGCUUGCUGGUAUUGUCUAGUUACACAGCAAACUUGGCUGCAGUUAUGGUUGGGGAAAAGACCUUCGAAGAGGUCUCAGGAAUACAUGAUGCCAAGCUCCACCACCCAUCUCAGGGAUUCCGAUUCGGCACUGUUCGGGAAAGCAGUGCAGAGGAUUACAUGAAAAAGAGUUUUCCUGAGAUGCAUGAGUAUAUGCGGAAUUUCAACGAGCCCACCACACCUGAUGGUGUCGCCACUCUCAAGACAGAUCCGCCUCAGCUUGAUGCAUUUAUCAUGGACAAAGCCCUGCUGGACUACGAGGUGUCCAUUGAUGCCGACUGCAAGCUGCUGACAGUUGGUAAACCCUUUGCUAUUGAAGGUUACGGGAUCGGACUGCCCCAGAACUCACUGCUGACUUCCAACAUAUCUGAAUUCAUCAGCCGUUACAAGUCAGACGGCUACAUGGACAUGCUGCAUGAUAAGUGGUACAAGGUGGUGCCGUGUGGAAAGAGAGUCUUUGCUGUUACAGAGACGCUGCAGAUGGGUCUCCGUCACUUCUCAGGGUUGUUUGUGUUGCUGUGUGUGGGUGUGACCGGGGCCUUACUCACUCUGGCGGGAGAACAUGCCUUCUAUCACCUGGUUCUGCCACAUAUCCGCCGCAGACAGAAGUUCAAAUACUGGCUACACACCAGUCAGAAAAUCCACAGAGCACUGAACAUGACUUAUGAGGAUGUGAAACGGCAGCGAGCGAACACAGAGAAAAGUUGUAACAUCCAGAAAGCCCAACCGCAUCCCCCGCCUCCACCAGCUCCACUCGGAUCCUUUAACAGAUGGAACAACGAGAGCACCAAAGCAGUGCAGGAGCCCAAAGACAACAAGAGGGUCCAUUUCAACCUGGAGACCCUCAAUACUCGCAGACUCCUGACCCGCGUCAUUUCGGAAGGGGGUCAGGCCAGCUCCACCUCAGCAUUGAGCUCCAGUGCAGGGAGUUUAUUGACGAGAGUGUGUGAAAACGGAGGGCCCGUUCAGCGGCCCGCCUCCUCCACAGUGAGAUCCUCGAGCCCCUCCAGAGAGAGCGAGCUGGAGGAGCUCCAAGCCAAGAUCGAGGAAAUCCGUGGUCAUUUGAAAGCCGCUCUGGCUCGUAGAGCAGAGCUUCAAACUACACUGGCUAAAGAACGUGCGGCUGCCACCGUCGCUCCGGCGACCACAGCAGCUCCGCCCACAGUCACAGCUACCAUUUGCCCCGCCCUCACCAAAGAGCCAGCAGAUUUGAAAAGGUGACGAUCACAUUUUCUGAAGUGAACACAGUAAAUGACAAUGGACAUGUUUUUCUAUCUUUCUCCUCCAAAAGAACUUUUGUAUCUACCUGGACAGUUUUAAAAUCAUCACGCUAAGGCAACAUUGAUCCUUGGUACAGUUUUGCUAAUGAUAAGGCCAUUAGCCUAGUGUGGCUUAUUUUCUAAAGCCCUGCUGUGAAAGCAGGAGGUAUCUGGAUUUCUUUUGUUUUCUUUUUUUUUUUUUUAAAUCAAUUGGACGUUUAUGGUUGAAACCUGAAGAACAAAUGUUGAAAGCACCAAGUCCACGCUUUCCUCUCAGAGCUUUGUUUAUUCAUAUCACAGAAGGAGCUUUGCAUUUGCCCAGCUCUUGUUUUCUUGGUGGAUAUGGAUCUGGAUAAACCUGUUGCACCCGAGGGCUCGUCAUGGACUCUAAGGUAGAACAGAACAAUGACUUUGCUGCUUUGGUAUUGUUUUGAUAGCUUGGUUAAAUCGGAUCUCAAAACUGCUACUGUUAUUGAUUGACCUUUUCCCCCUCCAUAAAGUCAUAUGAAUGGCCAGGUUGCCUGUUUGAAUUAAGUUUGAUGUUCAAGAAAUAAAUGUGAUCUUGUCAUAAAAUUGGAAUCUUACUUGAAAUCUUUCAGCUCAGAGUAAUAUUAAGCAUAAUGCUUCAUUUUAUUAGCCCCACUGGUGAACCACAAAACGUUUGCUGGUUGCACAGACACAAGCUUUAGAAUAUAUUAUUUAUUUAUUUUUUUAAUGGUUAAGCUUGCAUGUUUUAAGCUCUCUGUUAAAGCGUGUAAAUUACUGAAUAGUUGAUUCACUUGAAGUUAAAAAGUGUUUAAAUUCAUAUUUUUUCAUAAUCUUUUAAUCUUCAGGAGGGAAGUUGUUGUACUCUUUUGUGAGAAGUAAAUCAAACUGAGGAGCUCCAUGUUUCAGUUGCACAUGCUCCAGAGUUAAUUAUAAACUCUGGCUCAAACCCAGAGAAAGUUUAUA